AUGUUAUCAAAGUAAUUAAGAAACUUGGCUAUUAAAUCCUCUGGCAAUUCAUUCUUUAUGGGUCUAAGAAGUUCCCAAAUGAUGACUAAUUAGCAAGCAAAAGAUUUGAAAAUAGAGCAAAGACAACCUAAACUACAAAAGCCCAAUACUCAGAAUGGAGAUCCAUAUGCAUUUGGCAGAGUAUUCACUGACCAUAUGAUCCAAAUAGAUUACAAUGCAGAAAAUGGAUGGGAUGCCCCAAAGAUUGUACCCUAUGGUUCCUUCCCAAUGGCGAUCACUGCUUCAUCAUUGCAUUAUGGCAUUUCAGCUUAUGAAGGUAUCACUGUUGUUAAGAAUAAAGAUACUAACGCUCCAUAAGCAUUUAGAGUGAGAGAUAAUUUGAAUAGCUUCAAACUAUCGAAUGAGCAUUUGGACUUACCAACUUUUGAUACUGAAGAGCUACUUAAAUGCAUUUAAGGCUUAGUCAAAGUUGAUCAGGAUUGGUUCCCAAACAUUAAAGAUCUCAAUUCUCAACUAUACGUGAGAUUAAAUCACGUAUCAACAGACCCAACUCUAGGUGUAAAAUCCCCCAGAUUUACUAAGCUUUAUGCCAUCCUAAACCCAAAUACCUUUAAAAAGAAAUCGCUUAAGAUUAAAUGCUCUUAAGAUGCCUCAAAGAGCUGGCCAUUAGGACAUGGACAAUAUAGACUAAGUGGAAACCUUGGACCCCUACUCCCUCAAUUAGUUGAUGCUAGAAACAAUGGAUUUGAUGAUGUGCUCUGGCUUCUUGAUGACUACGUGCAUGAGAUGACUGUAUUGAAUGUAUUUGCAUAUAUGAAGAACAGAUUCGGAGACUAUGAACUUAUUACUCCAGCUAAUGAUGGUUGCAUUUUCAAUGGUACUAUCAGACAGUCGAUUCUUGAAAUGGCGGAUGAAAUUCAAAAAGAAAAGAAGGUCAAGGUAGUAGAGAGAUCGCUUUCCAUUCAUGAAAUCAUCAACGCAUACAAAGAGGAAAGAUUGAUUGAAUUCUUUGGAGGAGCCACGUCCAGCAAUAUUCAAUCUAUCUCAAGACUGCAAUUCAGAGAUCAGACAAUUGAUCUCAGUGGAAGACCAACUCCUCUCGCUGAUCAUCUCAACAACAAGUUAUUAUCAAUAAUGACUGGCCCAUCAGAUCACAAAUGGGUGACUCCUCUCUUAUGA